AUGGCGAAAUCGUCUGAACCCCCAAACUAUCCUCAACCACCAAUUCUCAAGCGCAAUGGCUUCCAAUUCCGCAAGGGAGUGUUGAGUGUUGACAGCAUUGAUCGGGUUGAUGGCUCGCGUUUAAACGAGCUGUUCAACCCCACGACUCUGAGACUUAAGCGCGAUCAAAAGGACGCGGCAGAAAAAGCCUGUCAGCUUUUCAAAAAGCCAUUUUUCGCUGCUCAGUUGAGGUACUACGACAUCCCUUUUAAGUCGUCGGCCAGUAAGACAGAACUGCAGCUCCUACUUCAAGAUGCCGUUCGCCAAGGCAAAUGUAACCAUGUUCCAAACUCAGUGACGGAACUAGAGGCUUCAAUGAGAGCCGACUAUGAGCCUCUGCAACAGGAUGAAAGGGCGGCCUUUGAUCUCCAUCGCUUCGUGGAUAUGUACUUUUUGACGAAUGGAGAGCCGGAUAAAACUAAAACCACAGAAGUGCUGGCUCUGCAGAGGUCCCCUUACAGCGAAUGGGAGGUGCAUGACAUGGCCAGGAAAAUCCCCGGGUUGCAUACCCGUAACGGUGGUUUUUCAUCAAAUAGCCAUGUCUGCAUCGGAUGGGAUGAUGGUGAAGUUUCCAAAUUGGCAAAGAGUAUAACGGAUCGUGAAAACGAAGCCAUGGAAGCCAAGAAGGAGGCAAUAUGGGAAGAACAGCUGGAAAGGCACCGGAAAUACGUUGCUAAGGUGCAACCAGAGGGGACAAGCAAAGGGGCUAACAAAGACUCUGAGGUGUUCAAUCUUGAUCGCUGCCUAGGCUCUUACGUUAUCCGGUGUGACGCUAUUUCAGACGGCUGGUUAAACAUUCUCGAUGGACGCACGCUCACCAUGGAUAUAUCCAGAGGCAAUGGAAACAUGCUGCGUGCAGCUUACGAUUUUGGCAUACUUGAGGGAACUAUGCUCCUCAGUCUGUCCGAGGAUCCGCUCAAAGCCAUCGUUGGCGAAGACAGCACGGGGUCUGAGGCCAGCGACGAAGAAGAAGACGAAGAUGAAGAGGAGGACGAAGAAGAUGACGCCGAUCCAAAAGACUCUACCAACGGAAGGAAGCGCAAAGCGGGUGAAGCUUCACUGGAGCAAGAUGCAGGAUCGGCCGUUGAUGCAAAGAGACAGAAGACCAACCCUCCUCCAUCUGGAUCUCACCGUGUAUACUUCCUGCUCCAUGGCCGUGAGACCGGCGAGGGCGAGGUCCUUCACUUUCCCGACUCAGGGCAUAUUGAUUUCCUGAGCAACGGCUGCAUAAGCUUCGCGGGAUUGGUGUAUGAUCUCUCGCAUGUUGGUCCAAACGUCGAAUUUCGGGGCUACAAGGUGUCAGACAGGCCGCGCGUGGAGCCAGAACCGUGGUCAACAUUUUUAUAUGGGAGAUAUGGUUUAGAAUGGAAUUGA